CAAAAUGCCGAUCAUCCAGUCGUGUUGCUGCUGGCGCAGUCUUCGCCGCGGUUGCUAUGCUUCAGCUAUCUACACGCUGAUAUACUUCGCUGUGACAAUAAUAACGAUGGGCCACUUCAUAGAUGUGGAACAUCGGUACCUAUCUGGGCAGAUGACGGAGCCAGAAUCAGAGAGUUUCUUGGAACCAGAUAAAAUCACUCCAAUUACGGUGUCUCUGAACAUAACCCUCUUGGCUUGCAGUACUUUGGGCCUGCUCUCCUGCAUUGUGCUUAUGAUAGGAGUGUAUAAGGACAUCAAAUUCAUGCUCCUACCUUGGAUAUUGUUUAUGGCGCUGGAGACGCUCGUUGAGCUGAUAAACGUCUGUUAUCUAUUUUACUUGCAAACUUUCAACUUCAAUCCCAUCACGUCAUUCCUCUUCACGUUGGAUUUCUUCAUAAUUGCUUUAAACAUCUACGCGCUCGUCUGUGUGAUUUCUCAAUUCCAAGAGUACAUUGAUGGACGAGGAACCGCUGCGUUUGAUUACUCUGACAGGUUGGCUGCAGUACAGUACACGGCUACAGCCCCACAGACCACAACCACUAGUUCUGCGCCGAGCGGGCGCCGACGGUCCGCACCUCGACCUCUGCCGAGCCGCUGCGACCCAGAAGAAUUUUCCGAAGCACCCACUAGGACUAUACCGUCGGUGCUUUCAAAGGCGAGCAGAUCAGCAGUAAAGAAACACGUACAAUUUCCUGAUGAGCAAAGCUGCAUCGAAGAGGCUCCGGAGUCUAUGAAUGGAUCUGAAGAGAAGUCAUCGUCCCGCGUGAUCAGCUCGUUGUGGAUGGAGCUGGAGACGGAGGUGCCACCGCCGGAGCGCUGACGGCGCCGCAGCGAGCAGUACUACCGGCCGAUUUCGCGCGCGCGCAUCGAGCGCCGCAAGAUGUCCGCCGCCGGUGUGCCGCCCGCCGACCAACCCGAUAUACAGGACUCAUCUUUGUAAAUAUCUACUUGUGUACUUGUAUACUAGAACUUUAUCCUUGACUGAUCACAGGCUUUCAAUUUCCCCGGAUAUCCAAGAUGCAUUCUUGU